AUGCGGGAGGGCAGCGCGGGCGGCCGCGGCGCCGAGAACCGCACGGGCCCCGAGCCCCCGCUGCACCUCUUCCCCGCGCCCGUCCUCACCGGCAUCACGACCGCCUGCGUGCUCCUCUUCGUCGUCGGCGUCGUCGGCAACCUCAUGACCAUGCUGGUGGUGUCGCGGUUCCGGGACAUGCGGACCACCACCAACUUCUACCUGUCCAGCAUGGCCUUCUCCGACCUGCUCAUCUUCCUCUGCAUGCCCCUGGACCUCUUUCGCCUCUGGCAGUACCGGCCCUGGAACUUCGGGAACCUCCUCUGCAAGCUCUUCCAGUUCGUCAGCGAGAGCUGCACCUACUCCACCAUCCUCAACAUCACGGCCCUCAGCGUGGAGCGGUACGUGGCCAUCUGCUUCCCCCUCCGUGCUAAGGUCAUCAUUACCAAAGGGAAGGUCAAGCUGGUCAUCCUCUUCCUCUGGGCCGUCUCCUUCAUUAGCGCCGGGCCCAUCUUCGUCUUGGUCGGGGUUGAGCACGAGAAUGGCACCAACCCGCUGAGCACCAACGAGUGCCGAGCCACGGAGUACGCCAUCCGGUCGGGGCUUCUCACCAUCAUGGUCUGGACCUCCAGCAUCUUCUUCUUCCUCCCUGUGUUCUGCCUCACGGUGCUCUACAGCCUGAUUGGGAGGAAACUCUGGAGGAGGAAGAGGAAGAACAUGGGUCCAAACACUGCCAUCAGGGACCAGAACAACAAGCAAACUGUGAAGAUGUUAGUUGUGGUGGUUUUUGCUUUCAUACUCUGCUGGUUGCCUUUUCACGUAGGACGGUACUUAUUCUCCAAGUCCUUCGAAGCGGGCUCCUUGGAGAUAGCCGUGAUCAGCCAGUACUGCAACCUCGUGUCCUUCGUCCUCUUCUACCUUAGCGCCGCCAUCAACCCCAUCCUCUACAACAUCAUGUCGAGGAAGUACCGCCUGGCCGCCUGCCGCCUGCUCGGCCUCCGGCCGCUCCCGAGGAAAAGACUCUCCAGCACCAAGCAGGAAAGCUCCCGCGCCUGGAGCCAGCCGAGCGUCCUCACCUGA